ACUAUUAAGUUUCAAAAACCCUCCAAUUUCAUUUCACCUCUAAUAAGAAUACGUGGACGAGUUUAUAAAAAGUUGAAUUGAUUUUUCAAUUAUAAAGUCACACAAAUAGACAAAAUGGUUACAAAAUUUGUGCUUUUAGUUUCAGCUAUUGCUUUAUUUAGCGGUGCUAAUGGCCAAAAUUGCCAAAACCCCAAAGUUGAAGCAGCAUCAUUCACAAGUUUAGAUGCGACUAUUGUCACACAAAUCGCUUAUAUUACAGAAUUUACACUAGUUUGUGACAAUCCAUUGCCACCAAACUACGCGUUAUACGCUGAAGUUGAUGGAAAACCUUUAACAGCUGCUCGUAUUGGAGAGAACAAGUACCAGGUGUCAUGGACUGAAGAACCAGCAGUCGCUCGCUCCGGUAUGCAUGAAGUGAGGGUAUUAGAUGAGGAAGGUUGGGCGUCACUCCGCCGUGCACGCCGUGCCGAUCCCGCCGCUACUGUUGCACCUCUACUUGCUAUACAGUUACACCAUCCUGGCAGUUAUUCCGGACCGUGGGUUAAUUCAGAAGUUCUUGCCACCGCUCUCUCAGUUCUCAUCGCAUACAUCGCGUUACACAACAAGAGCAAAAUCUUAGCAUAA